GAGCCAGUCUCAAGAAGGACAACAGAUGCUGGCAUUGACGAGGAUCUGCUAUAUGUCCACUUGAAGAAGCUCCUGUGGUAGGAGGAAGAACUCAAAGAUAGUGCAACAGGUACAAAGACAAGAUCAGUUAUGCUCUGCCAGUUCACCAGCAUUUAUUGGGGAUGUGCUCUGUGUGUGAUGCGAGGAAGCUGCUACGGCAGGCAGAGAGCAAGAGGAAGAACCCAAGGAUCUUGUAACAGCACUGUGGAAUGCUUCAGAACUAUUCACACAUCUGUUUGGUGCCUGCUUCUCUACAAAGUCAGUUCCAGAGGCAAGACAAUGGCCUUGAUUGCUGCUUCAUUCCUAGAACUAAGCAUCAGAUUGACCAUACAGUUGUGGAAGAAUUCCACAGAGGUGCGGACUCUGCAGGAGAAAACACCUACCUUCUGUCACAAGGCCCUCUGAUACUGGGACAAGAAUAUAUCCUGGAUAACCUACCUGCAGUCCGUAGAAAUGGUUCUAGAAGACUAUGCCCAAGGAGAAUCUGUCCUCUAUCCCUUCUCUUCCCAGCACUGCACUGGUAGCUUGGAUAUGAUUUGGCUGCAUCUUAAACUCACCUGGAGCUCUCUUCAUUGCCACUCUGCAACACUCAGCCUGAUGCAACUAGAACUCUGCCCAGAAGUGGCUCGGCCUUUGUCCCUGUUUCUCCCACGAGAGUGGGACCUGUGGUGCCAGAUCCACCUCCUUCCCCACGGAUACUAUGGAGAGUCCCAAGGGGCCGAAGCUACAAACACUGGGGAGGGGAGCCUGGGACAACCCUGCCUUCAGCGGACCCCCUUCUCCACAUGGGGCUCUGAGGAUCUGCACAGUCUCUAGCGCUGCACUCCCCCAGCCUCAACCCAGGGAACGCGAAGACGGACUCCAGGAGAAGACGCACGGGACCUCACUGUCCAGCUGCUGCCUGGGCAUGUGUCGCAGCAUCAGAGGACUCUGGGGAACAAACUUGACUGAGAACACAGCUGAGAACCGGGAACUUUAUGUGAAGACCACUCUGCGGGAGCUUCUGGUGUACAUUGUGUUCCUCGUGGACAUCUGCCUGGUGACCUAUGGAAUGACGAGCUCCAGUGCCUAUUACUACACCAAAGUGAUGUCUGAACUCUUCCUACAAACCCCAUCAGACACGGGAGUCUCCUUCCAGGCCAUCAGCAGCAUGGCUGACUUCUGGGACUUUGCCCAAGGCCCACUCCUGGACAGUCUGUACUGGACCAAGUGGUACAACAACCAGAGCCUGGGCCACGGCUCCCAUUCUUUCAUUUACUAUGAGAACCUGCUGCUGGGGGCUCCAAGGCUGCGCCAGCUGCGGGUGCGCAAUGACUCCUGUGUGGUACAUGAGGACUUCCGUGAAGACAUUCUGAGCUGCUAUGAUGUCUACUCUGCAGACAAAGAAGAACAAGUCCCCUUUGGGGCCCUCAAUGGCACAGCGUGGACAUACCAUUCACAAAAUGAGCUGGGGGGCUCCUCCCACUGGGGCAGGCUCACAAGCUACAGUGGAGGUGGCUACUACUUGGACCUCCCGGGAUCUCGGCAGGCCAGUUCAGAGGCCCUCCAGGACCUUCGGGAGUGGUUGUGGCUGAACAGGGGCACUCGGGUGGUCUUUAUUGACUUCUCAGUCUACAAUGCCAACAUCAAUCUUUUCUGUGUUCUGAGACUGGUGGUGGAGUUCCCAGCCACAGGAGGGGCCAUUCCAUCCUGGCAAAUCCGCACAGUUAAGCUGCUCCGCUACGUCAGUAACUGGGACUUCUUCAUUGCUGGCUGUGAGGUUCUCUUCUGCAUCUUCAUCUUCUACUAUGUGGUGGAGGAGAUCCUGGAGCUCCGCAUGCAUCGGCUUAACUACCUGGGCAGCAUCUGGAACAUAUUGGACCUGGUGGUCAUUUUGCUCUCCAUUAUGGCCGUGGGCUUCCACAUAUUCCGAACACUGGAAGUAAACCGCCUGAUGGGAAAGCUCCUGCAGCAGCCAAACACCUAUGCAGACUUCGAGUUCCUGGCUUUCUGGCAGACACAGUAUAACAACAUGAACGCCAUCAACCUCUUCUUUGCAUGGAUCAAGAUAUUCAAGUACAUCAGCUUCAAUAAGACCAUGACCCAGCUUUCCUCCACUCUGGCUCGCUGUGCCAAGGACAUCCUGGGCUUCGCUGUCAUGUUCUUCAUUGUCUUCUUCGCUUAUGCCCAGCUUGGCUACCUGCUUUUUGGGACUCAAGUGGAAAACUUUAGCACUUUCAUCAAGUGCAUUUUCACUCAGUUCCGGAUAAUACUUGGGGACUUUGACUACAAUGCUAUCAACAAUGCAAACCGCAUCCUGGGCCCUGCUUACUUUGUCACAUACGUCUUCUUUGUCUUCUUCGUGCUCCUGAACAUGUUCCUGGCCAUCAUCAAUGACACAUACUCAGAGGUCAAGGAGGAGUUGGCUGAGCAGAAGGAUGAGUUGCAGCUCUCAGACCUCCUGAAACAGAGCUACAAGAAGACUCUACUGAGGCUACGUCUGAGGAAAAAGCGGGAUUCUGAUGUGCAGAAGGUUCUGCAGGGCAGGGAGCAGGAGAUCCAGUUUGAGGAUUUCACCAACACUUUGAGGGAACUGGGACAUGCAGAGCAUGAUCUUAUGGCUGCCUUCACCAGGUUUGAUCAGGAUGGAAAUCAUGUUCUGGAUAAGAAGGAACAGGAACAAAUGCGACAGACUCUGGAGGAGGAGAGGGUGGCCCUCAAUAUUGAGAUUGAGAACCUGGGUCAAUCCAUUGGGCAUAGAUCACCAGAUGUAUUGAGUACAGAGACUACCAUAGGAGGAGGCUGGGUUUCUGGAGAAGAAUUCUACAGGCUUACAAGUAAAGUUCUUCAGCUGGAGAGUGUUCUAGAAGGAGUUGUGUCCCAGAUUGAUGUCGUAGGAUCAAAGCUGAAGAUGCUGGAGAAUGGGGGACUGGGUCCCUCUUCAAGAGUGGAGGCACCAGCUGUUUGGCCACACCUUCAGCCAGCCCCAACUGUCACUCCAGCCUCUCUGGAGUCCAUAGUGGGCAGAAGAAUGGCGGAGGAGGGUUCCUAAAGCAUCCAACAACAGGUCCCUCUCUCUCUGCCUCCCCAGAGGACUCUUCCCCACAUGCACUCCACUUUAUGGCAGGGCAGCAGGGCCCAUGAUGGCUGCUACAGAGUCUCACCAUGUGUCUGGCCUUUUGACGCAAUGUUCCCGUGUAUAGCUAGACAGCAUGCUUAGUCUGGCCACUCAGUGUUUUCUGUGUGUAGCCACAUAGCUCUGUGAAAUAACAUUUACCACAUGGUUUCUUGCUCCCUGUGCAUAUAGCCCUGUGGUGGUGAUUAACAGUGUCAGUAACAGGAUAAAGGAAGAGAAUCUAAUGACUCUCCUUGAGCAGGUGGACCACCAUAGUUAAGUGAAAAAAGAGAAGCCAGAAGAGUAGGCAUUGGCUAGAUGCCUUCCCAGUACCAGUAAAUCUCACUCUUACCCUUUGUGCAUCUAGAGAUCAGUUGUUAUCAUACAGGUGAUUCUUCUCUUCCCCCAUAGAAUUUCCCUGUAAGAGAGGAGGGAAAGCCUAAUCAGAAAGUAGACUCACAAGGCGAAAUCCUAACAGAGGAGUCAAGAGUGGAGCCAAUGAAGGCUCUUCUGGAGGAGCCUGCUUUCUGGUUUUCCACUGAACACUGUGAACUGAAAGGGCUUUGACCCAGCAACAAAAAUGGAGCCUGAAGUGAAUCCCUCAAGGAAGGGAGCUCAGAAUUCAUGGAUCUUUGA